AUGUCAUCGUCGUUAGGACCGUCGUUUCGCGUGCUGGCACCGCAUUGGAGGCAGAGAAGCGUGCGGUUCUUGGUGUUGAGAAACAGCGGGAGUUUCAUUCCACCAGUCGCUUCCUCAUCCUUAAACGACGAUUCUGCUUCCACUCCCAAACAAACGCAGUUGGGAUAUGAUCCUUCCGAGGAGUUAUUUGGUCUCGAGGUUAAUCUAAAGCCAAGGAAUGCUAAUUUUGGGACAGACAAACCAAGAUCAUGGUUUGGUCCAAAUGGCCAGUAUAUUAGAGAACUGCCUUGCCCAACUUGCCGGGGAAGAGGUUAUACUCCUUGUUUAGAGUGUGGUAUUGAAAGGUCCAGACCAGACUGUUCAAAAUGUAAGGGAAAGGGUAUAAUGACUUGUCGUCAGUGCUUGGGAGAAUGUGUCAUAUGGGAAGAGUCAAUUGAUGAGAGACCAUGGGAGAAAGCCCGCUCAAUUUCUCCUCUCAAAAUGGAGGAGGAUGAUGAAGUUGACAAUUUGGACAUAAAGCUGGACAUGACAAGAAAAUCGAAGCGCGUUUACCAAUCUCCGCCUCCUGAAGUCGGAUUAAAGAUCAGUAGAUCUCUAAAAAGUCUCAAUGCCAAAACUGGUAUAUUCAGUAAAAGAAUGAAGAUUAUCCACCGCGAUCCCAAGCUCCAUGCACAAAGAGUGGCUGCAAUUAAGAAAGCUAAAGGAACCGCUGCAGCAAGAAGGCGUGCUUCUGAAGCUUUAAAAGCUUUCUUUAGCGACCCAGAAAACCGCCGCAAGAGGAGCAUUGCAAUGAAAGGAGUGAAAUUCUACUGCAGAAACUGUGGGCGUGAGGGGCAUCGAAGACACUACUGUCCUGAACUGAGAGAAAGUUUAAUUGGUAGAAAGUUCAGAUGUCGGGUGUGUGGAGGAAUGGGCCAUAACAGGAGAACUUGUCCACAGACAAGAUUGAGCGAUCACAAAAACACAGGCCGGAAACAUAAUCAGUGCAGGAUAUGUCGUCAAAGAGGCCAUAAUCGCAGGACUUGCCCCAAACUUUUUGGUGAAAAGCUGAGUAGUAGUGAUAUAAAGAAAGGCUCUCUGACUUCUGGAAGCAAAAAAUACAAGUGCCGGUUGUGCCGGGAAAUUGGACACAACAUUAGAACAUGUCCUAGUAGAAAUCUACCUUCCUCGCAAAAUGAUUCUCAAUCUGAAGAAGGAAACGGAUGAAUGUAUACACUUGUGCGUUGGCCAAAAAUAGAAUCCAAUGAAUAAAAUGUUUUUCUUUUCCCCUUUUCCUCUCUUGAUCACAUUUCAUAUAAUAACCGAGGGGAACAAAAGGUUGGCAAGACUGAGUAACGCCCAAAGCAAGAAGUUUGAUGCCAAGAAGCCCUCAAAAGCUUUCUUCUAAAUCUUGCAA